CCUACAGCACCCUCCAUCCUGUAAAGAGGGAAUAUUUACUGUAGUAGCUCCUCAGCUGAUGAUUCCGUGUUCUUCCCUCGUUUAGUUUCUACCCCUAUCCACCUGUCGGCAUCCCCUACCUCCCAGCCUCCCGGCCAGGUUCCCUCGUGCCUUUUCUCAAACUCAGUAGUAAUAGCUUCCUUGGUUCCUCCCUGCUCAUUCACUCAGCCCCUCUGAUUCUUAACUUUACUUCCAGGGGCGGACACCGGGAGCAGCUAGUAUUGGCUGCUGUUGCCAGGAGCGUCUGUGGCUCCCUCUGGCUCUAUUCGCAGGAUUGAAGCUGCGGAGGAAAAGCGGAGAGUACCGGGAUGGCGUCCUUGGAUGCUGUGACCUCCCUGCGCGGCUCCCUCCUACCACUCUGCCUGGUGAUGCUCCUCCCUGGCCUCUCCUGCCUCCUUCAGGACUUCGUCUUCCUACCAGAGAGGGGCUUCUCCUCCUACGAAGUGAUCAUCCCCAGGCAACUGGGACCUCGCACUGGGGACCCGAAGGUGGCCGGCCAAGUAUCCUACCUCCUGCGUGUGGAGGGCAAGAAGCACGUUGUUCAUUUGCGGGUCAAGAAGCUUCUGUUGUCUAGACACCUGAGGGUUUUCUCCUUCACAGAACGGGGAGCCAGACUGGAAGAACAACCUCAUAUUCCCAAAGACUGCAACUAUGGGGGUUAUGUGGAGGGCUCCCAGGACUCCCAGGCUACCUUAAGCACCUGCUUUGGGGGGCUUCGAGGGAUACUGAACGUGAAUGGAAACCUUUACCAAGUGGAACCCCUGAAAGGCUCCGCCAAGUUCGAACACAUAUUAUAUCGCCUGAGGGAGGAGGGGAUCACAAACCAGACCUGUGGCCUAACUGACCAAGAAAUAGCCCGGCAGUUAGCCCGCAGCCAGAGUCUGGAAGUUCUUAGCAAGACAGAUUUUUCUCAGUCCUCUAUACACCUAAAGUAUAUGGAGUUGAUGCUUGUGAUGGACCACAACAGGUAUUUGACUAGAGACUCCAAUAUGACCCAUGUAAUUGCUGACUGCCUUACCUUGUCAGGAAUAGCAGACACAAACUUUAAGACCCUGAAUACUCACAUUCAUCUGAUAGCCAUUGAUGUAUGGACAGAUGAAAAUAAAAUAGAUGAAAAUGGGGACAGGUUAAUAAAAGUUUUACAAUUAUUUUCUUUCUAUAAAAAACAUGUUCUUUACCCUCGGAUUUCCAUGGAUUGGGCUCACUUAUUUGUUGGCAAACACUUUGGGGAUGCUGCGGGAUGGGCUUGGGUUUCUGGUGCUUGUCACUCAUUCACAGCAUCUUCAGUAAGCAGCCUACCCCGGGAAGUCGAUCUUGAUUACGCUUUGGCUUUUGUUCAUGAAAUGGGCCAUGGCUUUGGCAUGGCCCAUGAUUCCGAGUUCUGUGUUUGUGGGGCAAAAAGGUGCCUCAUGGAUGCUUCCUUGGGAGGGAGGACAUUCAGUAAUUGUAGCUUUGACAGUUAUUUUAAUUUUGUCACCAACAAAGGAAAAUGUCUCUACAACAUCCCAGGCACAGUGUACAGGAUAGAAAAGUGUGGCAACAAAGUGGUGGAGCAGGGAGAAGAUUGUGAUUGUGGCUCCAAAGCAGAAUGUCAGCAUGAUAAAUGUUGUUUGCCAACUUGCAAAUUUAAACAAAGGGCCCAGUGUAACUCUGGUCUUUGUUGUAAACACUGCCAUUUUCGUCCAUCUGGAAAGGUGUGUAGACCCAAGAGGACCGAGUGUGACCUUGAUGAGUUCUGCAAUGGGACCACCAAUCUCUGCCCAGAUGACUUCUAUAAACAAGAUGGCACCCCAUGUGGUUAUAAUGAGACAGGUCUUUGUUACCACAAUCAUUGCCAUUCUCAUCUCCAGCAGUGUAGAAGACUUUUUGGCCAAGGUGCCCAGAACGGCCCAGCUUGCUGCUAUGCAGAAAUCAACCGAGGUGACCGCUUUGGUAAUUGUGGACUCAAGGAUAUUAAAUAUAAGCGCUGUAAGCCUCAGGACAUAAUGUGUGGAAGAGUGCAGUGCGUCAAUGUAAGGGGCAUCCCUUCUAUGCCUGAUCACACUUCAAUAGUUCAGACCCAUCUAGGGAAUGUUAUAUGCUGGGGAGCAGACUAUCAUGCUGCAAUGGCCACCAUUAAUUUGCCUGAUGUGGGGGAGGUCAAAGAUGGCACCCCUUGUGGCAAGGGGCUCAUCUGUAUAAACAAGUCUUGCCAGAGCAGCUCACUUCUCAAUUAUGAUUGUGUCCCACAAAAGUGCAGCCAUCGAGGAGUGUGUAAUAAUCGGAGGAACUGCCAUUGUGACUUUGGUUGGGCCCCUCCAUUCUGCAUAGAGCCUGGAUGUGGAGGAAGCAUUGACAGUGGACCUCCCUCGAAAUGGGAGGGAAGAAAGAGUUUAUUCAGGCACCUAAAGUGGACUCAGUUUGCUUUUCCUGCCUCCUUUGUGGCACUAUGUCAGUGGAUGUGGUAUACUUGUCUACUAAAAAUAAAUAAAUAGUUAAACAUUUUUAAAAAUGCAAAGAAUUCCCAGGGAAGGAGACAGAGCAUCUAUAACUAGUGUCUUCCUUGAACAAGAACAGAAAAGAUCAUCUCAUAUAUUUACUUUGCAAAGAUAGAUGAUCUCAGUUUAUUUUCUUUUAUUCAAAAAUAAACAUUCAUUUUAA